AUGUCUUCAUCGAUUCCUCUUCGUAAUCUUGGUAAAACGGGUGCCAAAAUUCCUGCUAUUGGUUUGGGAUGUAUGGGAAUGAGUGAGUUUUAUGGCGCAGCAGAUGAUGAGCAAAGUUUGAAAGUAUUGAAACGCGCCAUCGAAUUAGGUGCUUAUCAUUUCGAUACGGCUGAUAUUUAUGGACUUGGCCAUAAUGAGGAACUUUUAAGCAAAAUCCUCAAAGAUCAUCGAAAAGACGUAUUCAUUGCCACGAAAUUUGGUAAUAUACGCGAUUCAAAUGGCGCAUUUUUAGGCAUGAAUGGAACCCCAGAAUACGUACGCGAAGCAUGUGAAAAGAGCUUAAAACGAUUGGGAAUAGAUCAAAUCGACCUUUAUUAUCAACAUCGUGUAGACCCAAAUGUGCCAAUUGAAGAAACAGUCGCAGCAAUGGCGGAACUUGUUAAAGAGGGAAAAGUUAAAUAUCUUGGGUUAUCAGAGUGUAGUGCCAACACUUUGCGUCGUGCUUAUAAAGUUCAUCCGAUUGCCGCGUUACAGAUUGAAUAUAGUCCAUGGAGUCUCGAUAUCGAACAAAACGGAAUUUUAGAGGCUUGUCGUGAACUUGGUGUCACUAUUGUGGCAUAUAGUCCCUUGGGACGUGGUUUCUUAACGGGACGAUACAAAUCACCCGACGAUUUCGACGAUAACGAUUUUCGAAAAAACUUGCCACGAUUUCAAGGGGAAAACUUUGCAAAAAAUUCGGAAAUUGUGCAUCGAUUUAAUGUGAUGGCUGAGAAAAAAGGUGUCAGUACAAGUGAAUUAUGUCUUGCGUGGGUAUUGGCUCAGGGUGAAGACUUCGUAGUUAUUCCCGGAACAAAGACAUUAAAGUAUCUGGAGCAAAAUGUCGCAGCGACUAAAGUACAUUUGACUCCUGAGGAAGUCGCGGAAAUUCGAGCUGUUGUUGAUUCUAUCGAAGUUUUGGGGCAACGGUAUAUGGCCCAAGCGAUGAAGCAUCUUGACUCGAACUCGAAAGUACAAUAA